AUGCACGGCAAGGACGACCAGGCCCGGACCCGCGCCGUGGAGACGCUGCAGAAUUUGGCGCUGCCCGGGGACGCCUGGCCAGGGCUGCAGAAGCCCACCCGCCUGUGUGGACCCCACACACGCGCAGCCCGGUUGCCUUUGCACUUGGGAAAAGGCCUGUCGGUGAUGCUCCCCUGGACCCCCAAAGGGCUCAGGGCCUGCAGCCCCUCCCUCAGCCGCUCCCAGCCCACUGCCGGGCCAGGCGUGGUGGGAGGCUCCGGGGGACCCCCGCCCCGUCAGCUGGGGCUGCUCCACAGAAGGGAGCAGGGCUACUGGAAGCAGAGACAGGAUGAGCCCCAGCCAAAGAGCCUCUCCCAGCGGGGAGUCCAGACCCCAGUGGGGGACUGCCUGGGCCCUUGGGGGCUGAGCUCCAUCCCCUGGGGGGCCAGGGUUCCUUCUCUCCCCUUGACUCCCCUUCUCUCUGCAGGGGGACCCUCCACCGUGCUCUCGUCAGUGCCACUGCAGGUGCUGCUGUACCUGAGUGGGGCCUUCUGUAGCCUCCACCUCCUGGCCACGUUCCUCCUGCUGGUCUACAAGGCCCAGGCCUUCAGCUUCCCCCUGGACCUGGCCGCCCGUGACCUUGUACUGCUUCUCCUGCUCGCGGCCCUGCAAGUCUUGAGGCUGCGUCUGGGUUCCCAGGGCAACCUGACGGAGUCCGAGGGGCCGCUGGCUGCCAGCCUGGCCCUCACGGUGGGCAGCGCCCUGCUGGCUAUCUACUUCCUCCUCUGGCAGACCCUGGUGCUCUGGGUGGACUCGUGGCUAAGCACAGCCCUCCUGGUGCUGCACGGCUUGGAGGCCUGCCUAGAGCUGGUGGCCAUCGCAUCCUUCUUGCGCUAGCUGGGCCUCAGGCCUGGCCUGCCCCCACACCUGCCCUGUCCUGUUGGGUCCCAUGUUCUGGGGAUGCAGGAACCAGGACUGUCCUGGUCCUGGAGCCCCAGUGUGGGCUGGGGAAGGUUCUCAGUGGCUGUCCUUAUCUCCCAGACCCCAUCACCAACUACAAAGCCCCUAAUGCUAGAGGGGUUGGGGGCUCGCUCAGGGCCUGGGAGCGCACCCCAGGAAACAGCUGGUCCUGGCACCCCUGCUGGGGGCUGGGCCCUGCUGAGGGAGUGGUCCCAGAAAGCGCCCUGGCCUGGUCACUCGCCCCAUUCUGUUUGCACAAACUGUAUUCAAACACCUGCCCUCUCUCCUCUCACCUACUUUAAAAUAAACACGUUUCUGACCUC